AGCCCCCCGACCCGCCCUCGGCCCCAGCUCCGCGCGGCCUCGCGCGGCCCGCCGCCGCCCAGGAAGCUACCUGGACGUCUAGACGCAGCCCAUAUCGAGGAUGUCGGGUGCUGGCAGGGGCCCCGUGCAGCUGCCCAAGGGCAUCCUUCCGGAUGGCAUCUCGCUGCCUCCAGGCACCGACAUCAUGGAGUUCUGCCGCGCGCUGGCCGAGAGCGGCGCCGACUUCGCGGAGCAGUUCGACCGCAACUCGGCCACGUUCCACGGCGGCCUCACCACGGAGGUCCCCCUCGGCGGAGCCCGCGUGCCGGAGUCCAUGGGCGGCGAGAGCGCGGCCGACUGGAGGUCGCUGCCGGACGCGCCGAUCGCAAUCGAUGACGAUUUCGGCCCGGAGUAUCACGCCGCCGUGGCGGCGCAUAAGCGGUUGGGCGAUUGCAAGAAGGCCAUCAGCGUCCUCAACAAGCCGGUCGAGAUGGCGAUGAAGUUGCGGGUGCAGUACAACGAUGCCCAGGGCGAGGACAAGACCGCCUGGGAGAGCCGCCUGAAAGGCGGCUGCCUGCGG